ACUUUCAAAGUUUUUGUCGACAUUUUAUUAUAACCAAUUUUCAAGUAUUGAUACGUUCUUUGAUUGCGUCAUGUAAACGUAUAGUUAUAUGUUAUAGCUUCGAUUAUCUCGAAAUUCAUUCCGAUUCGUGAUUUAGAAGCUUUGUUCGUCCAAAUAUUGGUAAAAAUCGUUAUGGAUGGUACAUAACAGAAAACCAAAAUGGAUGGUGAAGGUGAAGAUUUCAAUCUCCACUGGGAGGAGGAGGAAGUGGAGUCAAAGCACAUCCCAGGUGUAGUGGCUUCAGAGGUCAUCUGUGGCUUAGAUAAUGUGCAAGCUGGUACUUACUCCAAUAUGAGCUCAGAAGUAAUCAUACAAGACACAGAUCAGAUAGCAGCGGAGAAUCUGAUGUUCUUGUCUCAGGAUGUAGUCAGCUACACGGAUGCUGCCGAGUUGGCUGUGGACCCCAGUGUGGAGUGUGUUACGGAGGAGGUGAUCACGGAUGACUGGACUGAGGGGCAGGACAGUUUGUAUAAUUUCAGAGUCGAGGUUCCAUUGGAGCAUUUUACGAACCCAGUAUUGGACAUAAAAGAGGAAAAUGACAUUGAUGUCCCACUUCCAACAGAUCAGGACCAGUACACAGCAAUGCGACCAUGGCCCUGCGACUUCUGCUCGCGGCGGUUCCGCAAGAAAGCCGCCCUGAUGAACCACAUGGUGGCUCACCAGAACGACCGCCCCCACGCCUGCAACCUCUGUGGCGUGCGCUACGUGCGCAAGUGCGAUCUGAUGAACCAUCUCAAGGUGCACGCUAUGGUGCCGGACAACGCAGACCCGGUUGACUAUGAGGACGUGUUAGAUAACAGUCAAGUAAUAAAACCAAAGAAAAAGCGAGGGAGACGAAAAAAGAAUCCCGAGCCAGAGCCUGAAGAAAACGGAGACGUAUGGGAGAACAUGACCUCGGCGCGCACCAUGCAGUGGUCGCGCCGCGCGCGCUCGCCGGCGCGGCCGCCGCGCUCGCCGCCGCCGCUGCCGCCGCCGUCGCCGCCCUCGGAGCCCGAGCCCUGCCCGCCGCCAGCCGACCCCAGCCGACCCUUUGUCUGUAGGCAUUGUGGGGUCGGCUUCGCGAGGGAGAAGGCCUUACAGUCGCACUCUAGGAUACACGGAGGAGAUUCGCCGAUAGAGUGCGGUACAUGCGGCGAGCUGUGCUGGUCGCGCGAGGCGCUGGCCACUCACGCUCGCCAGCGGCAUCCGCACCAGCCGCCGCAGCAGCCGACCAGGGAGCCCUACGACUCCAACUCAGGUGACGACGACAUGGAAUACCAGCUGUCGCCGCUAGCCGACAGCGGGAGCGAGCGAGCCGUGUACGACACGCAGCGGGGCCCCGAGCUGUUCUGUCAAGAUUGCGGCGUCGCCUUCCAGCGGGCCGACCUGCUGCGUCGGCACCAGGCUGCCGCUCACAGUCACAAACGGCACGACAGCUCGUCGUCGACGUGGGCGGAGCACUCGUGCGACGUGUGCGGCGAGACGUGCGCGGACGCGCUGCAGCUGCUCGCGCACGCGGAGCGCCACGCCGACCGCCCCGCGCCCUCCAGAUUCAAGAGGAUGUCACGGGGAAGAAAUAACACGUCUUCGAGUGGUUCGCGGCAAUUCCCCUGCAGAGAGUGUGGCAAAGUAUUUGGCUCGCGCAGCUCCCAACAAAUCCACAUCCGAAUACAUACCGGCGAGCGACCCUACGCCUGCCGGUUCUGCUGGAAGGCCUUCGCGGAUGGCGGCACGCUAAGAAAACACGAGCGGAUACACACCGGCGAGAAGCCGUACGCGUGCGCGGUGUGCCCCCGCGCGUUCAACCAGCGCGUGGUGCUGCGCGAGCACGUGCGCUCCCACCACUCCGCGCCCGACCGCCGCGCCAACGGGGGUCCCUCGUUUUGCUGCGUGGUUUGCGGUCGCACGCUACACUCCAGUGCCGAGCUGGUGCAGCAUCUUAUUCAACACUGCGACGCCAACACCGCGCUCAAGAGACAGCCGCAGACCGGUCCUCGCAAAUACAAGCGGCGGCGGAAAAUCAAGUCGGAGCUGUCCCCGCGGCACUCUUGGGAGCGCGGCUCGCCCUCCCCCGCGCGCUCCGCCUCCCCCUCCCCCGCCCCCUCCCCCGCCCCCUCCCCCGCCCCCUCCCCCGCCCCCUCCCCCGCCCCCGCGCCCGCCGCGCCGCGCCGCCGCCGCCGCGCGCCGCCGCCCAGACCCAAGAUGAUACACACCGAGGAGCGCCGCGCCAAACCCAGACAGGUACGAGGAAGGCGGCCGCCGCGGCACCCGGCCGACGACCUGCGCGCCAUCGCGCCGCGCUCCGCCACGCCCUCCCCCGCCCCCUCCCCCGAGCCCGCCGCCGCGCCCUCCCCGCCCCCCUCCCCGCUGGUCUCACCUCAGGAAGGCGGCCCCUUCAAGUGCGAAAUGUGCUCCGAAGAGUUCCCCCGCCGCGACGCGUUGUUGUUACACGUACCGGUGCACAUAUGACGCAGUCGACCGAAGCGGCGGAGGCCGCGGCUAUCGCGCGAGAAAAGAGCCUGAUGAGACGACCGAGCGAGCCACAGCUGUGAGUCUCUCAAAUGUGUAAAUUUUAGUUUAGCAAACAUGGUUAUGCGGUGGAGUGUGUCCAAAAUCAUCCAGCUAAAUGCGAUUCGAUGCUGUUAGAUGUGGCUUCACCCAUAAGGCGUUCUCAUUCAGUUAUCAAUAACAAAUGAGAUGAAAAUAGCCUUGUCUUUCUUGGCUGAUUAUACUAUGGUCAGUUUCCGUAACGACCUUAUGAGUGGUUUGAUUCUGUAUGAUUAUAAAGAUUCAUACUUGAUUCACCGAAAAUCUGGAUGUGACUAGUUUGUUGAAGGGUCUUAAAACUGGAUAAAGGUCUAAUUUAUUUAAAUUAAUAACUUGGCCCUGUUCAAUAGUGUUCCUACUCACCGAGUUAGAUUACCAAGUGGUAAUCCUCCCUCCAUCUUAUAAACAACUCGAGUAGUCGAAGACUGAUCGCUUCGCAAUAAUUUAGCGGUUUAACCCUAUAAUAGAUAUGUGUUUAUGAUUAGAUUGCCACCUGGCAUAGACUAGGAAUCCUCUAGACCGAGUUUCGAGCAAUUAUUUCAUGCAACCGGUGAUGCCAAAAAUGCGGUGGUGCGCGGGACGAGGUGAGCGAAGUCCCGUGCCGUGAUUGGUCCGUUCAAAAACACGGACGGCACACAAAGACACUUUCGACUCGAACAUGAAGUAAAAUUACCGUAUGCGUGGCAGAGGGGGCAGCGCGACUAUGCUAAGUCUAGAGGAUGUUUUGUCUGUGCCACCUGGAUGCGCGCGACGAUGAUAGUCUGAUUUCACUUAGCGUGGAAUAGCCUUAAAACCUCUUAGCAAUCCAGUCAUUGUUGUAGUAAAAACAUAGGAAGCAUAUUGAUGUAAGCGCCUGUCGCACAAGACUUCCUUUUUUCUAAGAUCGACCCAAAUAGCCAUCUAAAUAUGUAUAAUGUAUAUAGAUAGAAUAAUAUUAGACCCUAUUAGAACUAUGUUUCAGCCGCGAUCGGUUACAGUAAUUAAGGGUUAUUUAACAAUAGUUGAAAAUUAGUUAUAUGAUGCACGAAUAAGUAGUUGAACAAGUGAUGUGAACGUAUAUUUUCUAUCUCUCUUGCAUUUUCAAGUCUGCCUAAACUACUGUCAGUCUUAUGGAAAAAUAGAUAAUUACUUAUAAGUCACUGUCAAUUCAUAAAAUAAUGUGUACCUACAUAAAUAGCUGAAAUAAUCUCCUUUAUUUCCAAAAUGUAAUGUAAUAGUGACAGAUGUGGCCGUCUUGUACAAAUUGUAUGGUAUAUGAUAAAAGCUGGGCUUACUGUGUGACAUAUCUAUUUAAGAAACCUUAAUACAGAAAAUAUUCAUAUUGGACCACAACAUAACAACAUUACAGCCAAAGGUGUAGUACCCGAGCUGCAUACAUCGCUGUCGUCGCCAUUGUUAGUAGCUCGGUACGCGUCAAGGGCGACUGUUACUUUUUACACUGUUUUGGGAUUCUUCACAUUCGAGACUCCCGUGACCUGUUUUAUAAAUGCCUGUAACACAAGCGAAAAUAUUUUUCUAACAAAAAAAUACCUUCACUUAUUUUACAGGUGUUUAUGAAUCCGUACUGUCUUUAUGAUACAUGUUAGAUUGUAUGAGUGUUUGUGAAUUUGUUGAUCGUUGUGUAGUGCGUGAUUCUCGCCUUUUCUACCUAUCUAAUUGUAAGGUAUGAAAUAUGAAUCAAUACAUGUACAGUUGUUUCCCACUAUUGUCGGUAGAAUGUGACAUGACUCAGCCAAAAUACAAUUAAUAAAGUUUUACUAGAACUCUCCUUUACACCCCUUAACCUUUUGGACGCCAAUGACCGAUAUAUCCGCACCGCAGGUUCAACGCCAAAGCUUGAUUAAUAGGUCACAGACCACAGAGCAACAUGGACCUACGUGCAUAUGCAUCAAGUUCAAUUUCAGUUUUGACACUUCGGUGACGUGGCGUCCGGGUGACUGCUUUUGUGUUUGACACGGCGUGGAAAAGGUUAAACGUGUUGUGCCCAACCAUAAGGAUCGCUUGUAAACGGCGGCUGGCAUGCAGAUGUCACUCAAGUCUUUAUUGACACCUUUUACUUGGGAAUGACACAAAUAGGAAAUGUUUAAUGAAAUAAACCUGUCAAUUGUUGUAAAUAUUAUAUUUUAAUUAGUCUAGAAACAGUGAGGAGAGCUCGAGGCUAGAUUAUUGGAACUAAUAGUUCUGGGACAUUUACUUAUCGUGACAUUGAAUGAUUAUGUUUGUCUGUUUGUAACACUGUUGCCUAUAUUACUAAGACUCCAUAUUAUGUUGUCGUAUUGAUUGUAUUGUUGUAUUUUAUUAAUGGACUGAUUCAUAGAUUAGACGAUACUGUACAUAAGUGUGUAGUUAGUUUGCAAUACUAUACUUUGUUUAGUACAAAAUGGUGUUUUGGGGUUCUUUAACAGUUUAUAUUUGCUUUUUUUGUGAUAUAGCCAUAAAUAACUGGUGGUUUAUGUAUGUGCCAUAGGAGGUUGGCGACAGACACCUAAAAUGUAAUACAUAUUAUAUUAAAAUUUAAUACAUACAUUUAUAACAUUAUCAAGAAUCAAAAGUAAUGGUGCAAUACAUUCCCCAACAAUGUUUAGCAACCGAUGUGUUAGCAAUGUUUUAUUUUUUUUAAUCAGAAAAAAAGUUUAUUAGUAUUUUCUUCAAAAUUUUAAGAACUUGUUUCAAUCAUGUUUUUUAAUGCAGAAUGUUUUAUGAUAUUUCAUAAAUAAAACCGUUGCAAUUUUUCUUAGCUUUUUAAAAUGUUUUUAUAUAAAUUUCACCCGUUUAUUUCAACAUUUAUAAUAAUUUAAUGUUAUUAUGCAUACAUCACUGAUUGUCAUGAGCAUAACCAAAUGUAACUAUUGACUUAAUGUUGUAUACCUAAGCAAUAAAAUAAAACAGUCCA